UCCCCCAGCUUCUAUUCUUCUAAUGAUCAAAACAGCACAACCGCAGAAAAGGACAAAGCUCCACACAGAAUUAAACCGCUGCAUGGCAAGAAGAAAGACAUUCUGCAAGGAAUAGAGAUGGACCAUCUUCUGAGCAAUAAGUCAGCCGUGAAAUGUUUAUGCGUUGUGCAUCGUUAUCAUAUCUGAGUCAUUUUUCGACACGGGAGAGGCAGUUAGUGGUCUAGGCAACUGAAAUUAUGAAGGAAACACCAAAAGGAAUGGCAAAUCACUGAACUGCUUAAAAACAUUAUGCGUGACAUCUGCAGAAAGGCUAGCUGCUAAGCAAACGGAUAAAAAGCAGAGGAGUGGCAAAUCAUUGGAGAAGAAAGAUGUUGGGAUGGCAGGAGCUAGGUCCAAUGGUUUAGUGAUAAAGCAGCACAAAGCAUGCAUCUACAAAGAGACUGCUGAAGCAGACGAUGAGCAACAGUUUUAUUCAAACCAAGCGAAAGAAUCUUACAUAUCUGGACUUCCAAAGAGACAAACAAAUCAAAUCAUCAGAAAUCCAAAGUAAUGAGGCGAUGGAAGCGGCGGCACAGAUACUGCAGUCUUGCUCUUUUUCUCAUGCUCCUAGUAUUUGUCGGAGGCCUGAUCAUGCAGGGUCACUGGUGGCCUGGUCAAAUCAAUCAAGAGAAGCUUGCAUCUCAAGUGCCCGAAACUAUGAAAGUCUUCUCCAACCACACCAUGAUGAACCAAAAUAAGUUGAGAGAGCCUGAAGAGUCUAGCACACAACUGAUAUCAAAUGAAAAUGUAAUUUCAGCUUUGGACAAAAGUUUGGUGCAGGAAUUUGAGAACUCAAACAUCAGUUCAAGUGGAGAGAUGAGAGCAGCGAGGAUACUUAAAGAUGAGCCUUACAAGUUCAUCCUUAAUGAGCCUAAUGCAUGUCUGCUGCGGGCUCCUUUCUUAGUGCUUUUGAUCGCUGUUGAGCCCAAGAAAUCAGAUGCCAGGGAUGCUAUCAGGAAAACGUGGGGCAAUGAAAAUUUGGCUGGGGAAUUUGGUGUAAUCCGUCUGUUCCUCAUAGGGGUCAACAAAGACACCCAGAGCAAUGGUGGAAAACUACAGCUUGCGAUAGAAAAUGAAAGUCGACAACAUCAUGAUAUCAUCCAGCAAGAUUAUAGGGAUGCUUACAAAAACCUUACAUUGAAGACUCUAAUGGGAAUGUACUGGAUCACAAAGCAUUGUCCAGAGGCCAUGUACGUCAUGAAGACUGACAGUGAUAUGUUUGUAAACACUGAAUACCUCAUACAUCAAAUCUUGAAACCUAACGGACAAGAACGGAAGUAUUUUACAGGAUCUCUAAUGAUGGACUUCUCCCCAAACCGCAAUAUUCACAGCAAGUGGUAUAUGCCACCUGAACUGUACCCGGAUAGACGAUACCCCAACUUUUGCUCUGGGACAGGAUAUGUCUUUUCAGGUGAUAUGGCUCAGAGAAUAUAUGUGGCCUCACUAAGCAUACCCAGGUUGCAUUUAGAAGACGUUUAUGUGGGCAUCUGUCUAGCUAAGCUGGGGAUAAAGCCAGUACCUCAAACAAACAAAAAGGUGUUCAAUCACUGGCGAGUGUCCUACUCCAGCUGCAAAUACAGCAACCUGGUAACCUCACAUGGGUUUCACCCCAAUGAGCUGAUCCAGUAUUGGAAGCAUCUCCAGAACAAUAAGCACAAUCCUUGCCAGAGAAAAGGGUAAACUCUUCUCUUUUGGGACUCGAUCUUAUUAAGUAGGGAUGACUAAUUUUUCCAAACAGAAAAAAAAAACUAAAAGAGGUUAUUUGAAGAGUUUUAGGGUGCUUUCACACUUGAAUUUCUGGUCUGCACCUUGAUUCGUUUGACGUCAAAGUAUGAUACGUUUAGCUAGAGUGAACAUGCCUUCUGAACGUGGGUGUGCACCCGUGAACCGUACCCGAGUCUGGCUGAAAGAGGUGGUCUGGAGGUAUGGUUCGUGCGAACUCUGGUACAGUUCACUUCUGAUAUGAAUGCAACCAAAUAACCGACGUGAACCGCCAACUGUACAACAAACUUUAGUUUGAAUAACGUUCAUUUGUGUGUGCAUGUCUGUGUAUCACUUACUUUGGUGACAAGCGGGACUGACCCAGUGCAAACAGUGAUAAUGUCUGCUAGUCUCCACCAAAAAAGACUUUUGCUGACAUCGCAUGAUAUUCUGAUUGUUUUUAAGGUUUUUGUGGCUGGUAGAUGCAAAAGGCUCUCUAUUUUGGUUUGGGUAACAAAAGCAAAAUAUUCAGUAAAAGCAGAAUGACCGUGAUAUGUGGACAUCUCCAUUUUGGUGCUUUGCUUUCGUGGCAGUCACCUAGCAACAGCUGUACACAAAACAUCAGCUUGAUGACGCAAGCGUACGGAGGUUCAAAAGGAAAAACAACAGUGUGAACAAACCAGUCGAGAAGGUGGCAAGGGGGGGGGGACAAUCAAACUUGGGGGUCGCACCAGGUUAUUGAAGCAAGUGUGAAAGCACCCUUACACAUCAAAGUCCAAAGAGCGUAAAUAUUCAUACAUGCAAGCAUGGUUUCUGAACUCCCUCAAACACCUUGAAUUUAGUCCAGAGUUAUCUUUUGGGAAUGUAUGUAUCAUAACAUCCUGAUCUGUUCCCCAAUUGUUUGCAUAAAGUAAUAAUAAUGUGAACUUGUGUUAUUUAUGUGGAUUUGACAUGAUCCUGUGUUUUUUGACAGUUCUUGAGAGAGAACUUGAUGUAAUACUCAUGUGAGAAUUAAACAUAUGCAAAUGUUU